GGGUUUAUUUCCUCCCUUCGAUUACGACAAGUAUUCUAGCUCGAGCUCUCAAGAUUACUGGCUCAAGCUAAGGUUUUCUUCUAUAAAUCAUCGAUCAAAUGUAUUUUUCCAGUUUGCUCAGGAGCUUCUCCACCAGGGAGGACAUAUUAUUUUCAUCUUGCUGGUUGAUUUCGGUUGACUCGUCUUCACGAGUGCUGAUUCACUGAAAAUGACAAAGGAAGAAGGGAAAGUUAAAAAGAGAAAAAAGUUGGCUGGCAAUCAAGCAGGAAACAUACCAUCUGCCCAAGAAGAGGAAUCAUCAAAACAGUUUGAAGAAGAAAAGGAAGAAAAUAUGCAAACUGGGACUGCCAAUGAAACAGGCUACAAAGGAAGAUCAGGACGUCCACGGAAACCACUAUCAGAUGUGGAGACGAAGAUAAGGAACGAGAAGAAAAUUAAAAAGGAUAGAGAUAAACGGAAAAAAGAUAAGUUUGAAUUCAAUAUAUACAAGAUCUUUUGUGAGGACGAUGAAAAUAGGUGCAAGUUCAAAACCUUUCUUGAAAAGCGCAGGAAAAGCAUUGAAAAAAUUUCGAAGUUCAAACUUGAAGAAUACAAGGCCAGUUGUGGGGAGGCCAGAAUUACUAAAAUGUUAAAAGAUAAGGACAGGAAAAGAAAUGAUAAAACAUCGAAGAAUUAAAGAAGCCCGACGAAGAUUUUAUAGUGCAAUUAUCUGUUUUACUUACUCCCAAGUUCCAACCAUGCAAUUAUUCUUUUUCGGUUUAAUAUAAAAUAUAUUAUUAUAUCACAGCCCUAAGUACCCACAAAUGGGCCCUGAUUCCGCCCCUAAGCCACACAUUA